AUAUCAUGUGGUGCUCUCUGAUUGGUCGGAUCAAAAUUUGCCCACAUCAGUGUCAAAGUCGCGGGUUUUAUUUAGAGAAGAAGGAAAUUUCGUCAUGCCAUCUUCAAGAUUUUCCUGAAUUUCAAUCUACCACAGCUGCAUCUAGUCAGUGGUUGCAAUUAUUCUGUUGCAAAAAGAGUUAAAGUGUUUUAUUUGUGAGAAACCAUGGCGAUUAAUUUGGUGGAUAUGGUGCCGUUGGUCCAAGAUAAAAAGUUUACGGCUUUAAUUCUCCUCCUUUGCCUUGAUCUCUUUAUGGAUGGUGCUGAAUCAGCAACACAGGCGGAAAUUGAUAGGCACCUGGAGAUGGGAAGACAGUACCUGGCCAGCAAUCAGUUAGCUGACGCUCUAACACAUUACCACGCAGCUGUUGAGGGGGACCCAUCAAAUUAUCUUACCCUCUUCAAACGUGGCACCGUCUACUUUGCCCUGGGGAAGGCCCGGAAUUGCCUUCAGGACUUUUCGCGCGUUUUGGAGCUGAAGCCUGAUUUUACAACAGCUCGUGCCCAGCGUGGUGUGGUCUAUCUCAAAUUGGGUGACUAUAGCAAUGCUGAACUUGACUUCCAUACAGUGCUUCUUGAGGAACCCUACAAUGAUGACGUAAACUACUUGUACAGCAAAAUAGAUCCAGCUCGUGAACAAUGGGCAGCCGUUGAGGAUUUAAUACGUCGCGGUGAUUACCGGACAGCCAUAGCCUUCCUCACGCAGCUCCUUGAAAUCUCUCCAUGGAGCGCAACCUUCCGCGAGAGUCGAGCAGAUUGCUACAUCAAGGAGAAUGAUGUCCUAUCCGCUGUUUCUGAUCUCAGAUCUGUCAAUCGUCUAUCCCACGACAGCACAGGAGGGUACUUUCGCCUUGCCACACUCUUGUACAAUAUGGGACACACUGCAGAUGCCUUAAAGGAGAUUCGGGAGUGUCUGAAGUUAGAUCCCGAGCACAAAGACUGUUUUCCCUUCUAUAAGAAGCUAAAGAAGGUGGAGAAGGCCCUCUCGGAUGCUCAAUCGUAUCUCGAUGAGCGCCAAUAUGUGGGAUGUAUCGAUUCCGCUGAGAAGGUGUUGAAAUUCGAGACAGAGGUACCAAUGGUGAUAUUCAGUGCAAAGCACCUUCUUUGCUCGUGUCACGUGAAAGAGGAGCAAUUCACACAGGCAGUAACACGGUGUCGUGAAGCACUGGAGAUUCACAAAGAUCCCACCGUUCUCUGUGAUCGUGCAGAGGCGUACAUUGGUACGGAAAUGUAUGAUGAUGCCAUUCGAGACUACCAGGCAGCUAUCAAUAUCGAUGAGCACCUUCAGCGAGCUAAAGAAGGACUCGAACGGGCUAAGCGUCUACAGAAGCAAUCAGAGAGGAGAGACUACUACAAAAUUCUCAAUGUUAAGCGCACAGCUACAAAGCAGGAGAUCACCAAGGCGUACCGGAAGGCCGCCCAAAAGUGGCAUCCGGACAACUUCCAGGGUGAUGAGAAGAAAAUUGCCGAAAAGAAGUUUAUUGACAUUGCAGCAGCCAAGGAAGUUCUCACGGAUCCCGAGAAGCGACAACAAUUUGACAAUGGGGAAGAUCCACUGGACCCAGAGGGUGGCAAUCAUGGUGGCUAUGGUGGUUUCCGGGGUGGAAAUCCCUUCCAUCAUUUCCACCACGGAUCACCGUUCCAGUUCAAAUUUCACUUCAACUAAUCCCUGCUCUUGAAACAAUCCCAAAUGGCCACGUCAGUGAUGCCGCUGUGGUGUGUGGGUGAGCUGCUUCAAGCAUUCUCCCAUCUCCGUGGCGCAAGACCUUGCUCGGUAAAAAAAAUCCCCACUCUUGUCUCUUAUAAUCUUAAAUUAUUUCACAUUGGAUUUUUAGCAUCACUAUAAAAAGUAAUAAUUAAAAAAAAGUCAAGUCAGGAUUUGUCUGAUGGUGAAUUAUGUAUGAUUGUGAGGAGAUUGUGUGAAUCUUAAAUAUUGUAAAUAAAAUAAAAUAAAGAAUUUGUUAAGGAUCGAA